AUGACACCACCGUCAGCUUUUCCAACGCGGAAACGAGGACGACUGCGAGCAUAUACAUCUGCUAAGGAAAAGCAAGUAUCGAACGUCACGCAACGGCGGAACCAGCGACAGUCUGCCCGCGCUGUACAUCGUACCCAGCAAUUCGAAGCACUAUUCCACCACAGUGUCACAAUACCCCAGUACAUGAACGAGCGAGCCCUCACUCGAAUUACUCGUCGCCUGAUUGGCCAAGCUGCUUGCCUCGUGCGUGCUCCCGGCCCCCUUAGGGGUGUGUGCGGGGAAAAGAAAGCAGCCUAUUUCGAGAAGGAGACAUUCUUUAUGAAAGAAUUCUGGGACGAGGUACCUCCUGCAGAUGGCCGGAAUGGCCCUAGCCGAGAGAAAUCUAGAGAUUUCAAAGGAAUUACUUAA